AGAUAUGUAAUGUAGAAUUCUUGAAUAAUUUAAAGUGAAUCACAAGAUGUAGAACAAAUCCAACCUACUCCCUGACCUGGAAUCAACCAUCUCUUAAAUUCAUCUUUCUUGAUUGAUAGAUUGAGAUUUGAAGCUCUUAGCAAACUUUUCAGGUCAGCAGUAUACUUGUCAACUUCUGCUGAAAUGAUGGAAAAUGUGGAUAGAAUUAGCAGUGGGCGGCUGAGCAGUUCCAACAUAUGGAGGAACACCUCCAUGGAUGUUUUCUCGAGGUCGUCUCGAGAGGAAGACGACGAAGAGGCGCUGAAAUGGGCUGCUCUGGAGAGGCUUCCGACGUAUACUCGUAUAAGGAGAGGCAUAUAUGCUGAGGACGAGGGCCAACCGAGAGAAGUGGAUGUCAAGAACCUUGGACUGAUAGAGAGGAAGAAUCUUCUUGAGAGGCUAGUGAAGAUUGCCCAAGACGACAAUGAGAAGUUUCUGUUGAAGAUCAAACGGCGUAUGGACAGGGUUGGGAUUGAUUUUCCGACCAUUGAAGUUCGGUUUGAGGGGUUGAAUGUUAGUACAGAAGCUCAUGUUGGUAGUAGAGCGCUGCCCACAAUAUUCAACUUCACUGCCAAUAUCUUGGAGGGUUUCUUGAGUUUCCUACAUAUUCUACCAAGUCGAAAGAAACCACUGUCCAUUCUUCAUGAUCUCAAUGGAAUCAUCAAGCCCGGAAGAAUGACUCUGCUUCUAGGGCCGCCAGGUUCUGGGAAGACUACUUUGCUAUCAGCAUUGGCAGGAAGACUUGAUUCAGAUUUAAAGGUAUUAGGAAGAAUAACGUACAACGGGCAUGAAAUGCAUGAGUUUAUACCACAGCGGACGGCAGCUUACAUAAGUCAGCACGACCUUCACUUGGGAGAAAUGACAGUGCGAGAAACACUAGCUUUUUCAGCAAGGUGCCAAGGAGUUGGAGCUGGUUAUGAAAUGAUAGCUGAAUUGCUGAGAAGAGAGAAAGAAGCAAACAUUAAACCAGAUCCUGAUAUCGACAUUUUCAUGAAGGCUGUAUCUAUUGAAGGGCAAGAGGCAAGCGUUAUGACCGAUUACGUUCUGAAGAUCUUGGGACUUGAAAUUUGUGCUGAUACCUUUGUUGGGAAUGAAAUGUUUCGGGGAAUAUCUGGGGGACAGAAGAAGAGAGUGACAAUAGGGGAAAUGUUGGUUGGACCAGCACGAGCACUUUUUAUGGAUGAGAUAUCGACUGGAUUGGACAGUUCGACAACAUUCCAGAUUGUGAAUUCAAUAAAGCAAUCCAUCCACAUUCUCCAAGGAACUGCUCUAAUCUCCCUCCUGCAGCCUGCACCAGAGACUUAUGAGCUAUUUGAUGACAUAAUUCUUUUAUCAGAUGGAAGAAUUGUGUACCAAGGUCCUCGGGAGAAUGUGUUGGAGUUUUUUGAGAGCACAGGUUUCAAAUGUCCUGAGAGAAAAGGAGUAGCAGACUUUUUGCAAGAAGUAACAUCAAGGAAAGAUCAGGAACAAUACUGGGCUCGUAGAGAUCAGCCUUAUAGUUUCGUUUCUGUCAAGGAAUUUUCAGAAGCAUUUCAGUCAUUCCAUGUUGGAAGAAAGAUAGGCGAUGAGCUUGCCAUUCCUUUUGACAAGGCUAAGAGCCACCCUGCUGCUCUAACUACUAACAAAUAUGGUCUCAGCAAAACAGAAGUAUUAAAAGCUUGUUCUUCUCGGGAAUACCUCCUUAUGAAGAGAAAUUCUGCUGUCUACAUCUUCAGGAUGAUGCAACUUCUUGUCAUGGGUCUCAUAUCGAUGACUGUAUUCCUACGUACUAAGAUGCCCAAGGAUACAGUGACAGAUGGUGGAAUUUUCAUGGGUGCUCUCUUUUAUACACUUGUUGCGUUGAUGUUUAACGGAUUUUCAGAGAUGGCACUAAGUAUUCUAAAACUUCCCGUCUUUUACAAGCAACGGGACCUGCUUUUCUUUCCUGCAUGGGCAUACUCUUUGCCUGCAUGGAUCCUAAAAAUCCCCAUCACAUUCGUUGAUGUUGCCAUUUGGGUGCUUGUUACUUAUUACCCCAUCGGAUUUGAUUCUAAUGCAACAAGGUUUUUCAGGCACUUUUUCCUUCUUAUAUGGGUGAAUCAGAUGGCUUCUGCACUAUUUCGCUUGAUGGGUGCACUGGGGAGAAACAUGAUCGUUGCCAAUACAUUUGGCUCUGGCUCAUUAAUUGCAAUUUUGGUGUUGGGUGGAUUCAUUUUGACACGAGAGAAUAUCAGAAAAUGGUGGAUAUGGGGUUACUGGAUCUCACCUAUGAUGUAUGGACAGAACGCUAUAACAGUCAACGAAUUUCUUGGAAAGAGUUGGAACCAUGUUCCUCCAGGCUCCAACGAGUCAGUGGGUGUCUCAGUUUUGAAGUCUAGAGGGAUUUUUCCACAUGCAUAUUGGUAUUGGAUUGGAGUUGGAGCUCUGAUUGGAUAUGUUCUUCUCUUCAAUUUCUUGUGCACCUUGGCUCUAACAUACCUCAACCCAUUUGGGAAAUCCCACGCAGUUCUAUCUGAGGAAACAUUGGCAGAAAGGAACUCAAGAAUUGCAGGCAAUUAUACUCAACAAUCAUCAACAGGGGAGAGUCAUUCUGGAGGUGGCAACAACAUUCAACAAAUUGAUACCAGGUCUGCAUCAUCAAGAGUGGACAGUAUCAAUGAAGCGGAUCCAAAUAGAAAGAAAGGAAUGGUUUUACCCUUUCAACCUUUGUCGAUAACUUUUGAGGAUAUCCACUAUGCAGUCGAUAUGCCACAGGAAAUGAAAGCUCGUGGUGUUCAAGAGGAUCAACUGCAGCUUCUGAAAGGCAUAAGUGGUGCUUUCAGACCAGGUGUUUUGACAGCCCUAAUGGGUGUUACAGGGGCUGGUAAGACCACACUGAUGGAUGUGUUAGCAGGGAGGAAAAACAGUGGAUACAUCAAUGGCACAAUCACUAUAUCAGGGUACCCAAAGAAGCAAGAAACAUUUGCCCGCAUUGCAGGAUACUGUGAGCAAACCGACAUUCACUCUCCUCAUGUUACAGUGCAUGAAUCUCUGCAGUAUUCUGCCUGGCUCCGCUUGCCUCAGGAUGUAGAUGCUGAAACACGAAAGAUGUUUGUUGAAGAGGUCAUGGAACUUGUUGAGCUUACUCCACUUAGGGGAGGGCUGGUAGGCUUACCAGGAGUGAAUGGCCUCUCGACUGAGCAGCGGAAGAGGCUAACUAUUGCAGUUGAACUUGUUGCCAACCCUUCUAUUAUUUUCAUGGAUGAGCCAACUUCAGGGCUUGAUGCUAGAGCCGCUGCAAUAGUAAUGAGAACAGUGAGAAACACAGUGGAUACAGGUCGAACUGUUGUAUGCACCAUCCAUCAACCAAGCAUUGACAUAUUUGAUGCUUUUGAUGAGCUGCUGCUUCUAAAACGAGGAGGUGAAGAAAUAUAUGUUGGUCCAUUAGGAUGGCAUUGUUCUGAGCUCAUCCAAUACUUCGAGGGGAUUUCUGGAGUUCCUAAAAUUAAAAACGGUUAUAAUCCAGCAACAUGGAUGUUGGAGGUAACCUCAAUAGCACAAGAAGUUGCUCUAGGAGUUGAUUUCGCUGAAGUUUACAAGAACUCAGAACUGUACAGGAGAAAUAAAGCAUUGAUAGCAGAACUCAGUAAACCAAUCCCUGGUUCAGAAGAUCUACACUUUCCUACACGUUACUCCCGAUCUUUCUUCACCCAAUGCAAAGCAUGCCUUUGGAAACAGCAUCUAUCAUAUUCGCGUAACCCACCUUACAUUGCCGUGAGACUCCUGUUUACGACCUUCAUUGCCCUCAUGUUUGGAACAAUAUUCUGGAAUCUUGGCUCCAAGAAGAGAAAUUCAUUAGACAUCAUUAACGCUAUGGGUUCCAUGUAUGCUGCCGUCCUAUUUCUUGGAGUACAAAACGCUGCAUCAGUGCAGCCAGUUGUAGCAAUUGAG